CCUCAGAGCCUGCCCUGUCCCCACCAUGAAGUCCAAUGGACUCCUCCCUCUUACGCUUCUUGUCCUGGGAACCCUGGCACCGUGGGCUGUGAAGGGUGCCGGAGAUGAAGCUGUGAAGGCUGGCGGCUGCCCAUAUAGAGGACAAGUCCGGUGCUUUCGAUAUGAGGACCCUGAAUGCCAGAGUGACUGGCAGUGCCCAGAAGAGAAGAGAUGUUGCCCUGACUAUUGCGGAAUCAAAUGCCUGGACCCUGUAAAACUCUCAAACCCAGUGAAUAAGCCUGGCCAGUGUCCGGCCGUGUAUGGAGAGUGCAUGAUGCUGAACCCUCCCAACCACUGUGAGACAGAUGGCGAGUGCGUGGGCAACCUCAAGUGCUGCAAGGGCAUGUGCGGCAAACUCUGUGUUACCCCUGUGAACGCAGGUUCAUCGAAAGGAAAAACUUGGCCAUGAUGUUGGUUUAUGUGGAAGCUCUGACAUGAUUUCCCCUCACAUCUGAUUGCUGCCCUUGAAAGAGGCUCUGGGUUAUGCCCUGUGUGUUCUGGGAAUUUCCUCUCUCCACUCAGACUCGCAUCACAACACAUUCCAAGGUGAAGACCAGGUUCUACCACCAGCAUGUCCUUCGGAGAAAGCCUUGACGCAGAGAAGCUUUCAGGAAAGGCCUGUUGAUUGUUGGAUAAAUAAAUGAGCAUUUUCUC